AUGGCCGCAGGAGGAGGUCCUUUUGAAGAAGGCAUGAAUGAUCAGGAUUUACCAAACUGGAGCAAUGAGAAUGUUGAUGACCGACUCAACAAUAUGGAUUGGGGUGGCCAGCAGAAGAAGGCAAAUAGAUCAUCGGAAAAGAAUAAGAAAAAGUUUGUUGUAGAAAGUGACAAGAGGGUAACUAAUGAUAUUUCUCCGGAGUCAUCACCAGGAGUUGGAAGACGAAGGACAAAGACUCCCCACACGUUUCCACCUAGUAGAUAUGUGACUCAGAUGUCUGUUCCAGAGCAGGCAGAAUUGGAGAAACUUAAACAGCGAAUAAACUUUGGGGAUUUAGAUCAGAGAAGCAUUGGAAGUGAUUCUCAAGGCCGAGCAACAGCUGCUAAUAACAAACGUCAGCCUAGUGAGAACCGAAAGCCCUUCAACUUUCUGCCUAUGCAGAUUAACACUGACAAGAGCAAAGAUGCUGCUCCAGGGCCUCAAAAGAGAGAGGUGAUUGGCUCAGCACAAUGUAAAGAGUUGUUUGCUUCUGCUUUAAGUAAUGACCUUUUGCAAAACUGUCAAGUCUCUGAAGAAGAUGGGAGAGGAGAGCCUGCAAUGGAGAGCAGCCAGAUUGUAAGCAGGCUUGUUCAGAUUCGUGACUAUAUUACUAAAGCUAGUUCCAUGCGGGAAGAUCUUGUAGAGAAAAAUGAAAGAUCUGCUAAUGUUGAGCGCCUUACUCAUCUAAUAGAUCACCUUAAAGAACAAGAAAAGUCAUAUAUGAGAUUUCUCCAAAAAAUCCUUGCCAGAGAUCCUCAGCAGGAACCUAUGGAAGAGAUAGAAAAUUUGAAGAAACAACAUGAUUUAUUAAAAAGGAUGUUACAGCAGCAGGAGCAACUGCGAGCUCUGCAGGGAAGACAAGCUGCUCUCCUUGCUCUGCAACAUAAAGCAGAGCAAGCUAUUGCUGUGAUGGAUGACUCUGUUGUACCAGAAACUGCAGGUAGCCUAUCGGGAGUUAGUAUCACAUCUGAACUAAAUGAAGAAUUGAAUGAUUUAAUUCAGCAUUUUCAUAAUCAGCUUCGUGAUUCUCAGCCUCUACCUGUUCCAGAUAAUAGGAGACAGGCAGAAAGUCUUUCAUUAACUCGGGAGGUUUCCCAGAGCAGGAAUCCAGCAGCUUCAGAACAUUUACCUGAUGAGAAAGGUCAACUUUUUAGCAAAAUGAGAGUGUUACAGGAGAAGAAACAAAAAAUGGACAAACUGCUUGGAGAACUUCAUACGCUUCGAGAUCAACAUCUCAACAAUUCGUCAUUUGUGCCUUCUUCAGCCUCUCCACAAAGGAUUGUGGACCAAAGAAGCACAACUUCAGCUCCCUCUGCUCCUGUUGUCAAUGGAGAAUCCAAUAGCCUGACGCCAUCAGUUCCUUACCCUGCUGCUUCUCUGGUUCCUCAGAAUGAGAGUGAAAACGAAGGCCAUCUAAAUCCAACUGAAAAACUCCAGAAGUUAAAUGAAGUUCGAAAGAGAUUGAAUGAACUAAGAGAAUUAGUUCAUUAUUAUGAACAAACAUCAGAUAUGAUGACAGAUGCUAUAAAUGAAAACACAAAAGAUGAAGAAACUGAAGAGUCAGAAUAUGAUUCUGAGCAUGAAAAUUCUGAACCUGUUACUAACAUUCGAAAUCCCCAAGUAGCUGCCACCUGGAAUGAAGUAAACAGUAAUUCCAAUGCACAGUGUGUUUCUAAUAAUAGAGAUGGCAGAUCAGUUCAUUCUAAUUGUGAAAUUAACAACAGAUCUGCAGCCAACAUAAGGGCUUUAAACAUGCCUCCUUUAGAUUGUCGAUAUAAUAGAGGAGAACAGGGGAUUCAUGUUGCACAAGGUGAAGAUGAUGAGGAGGAGGAAGAAGCAGAAGAUGAGGGUGCUAGUGGAGCUUCAUUGUCUAGUCAUAGGAGCAGUGUGGCUGAUGAGGCUCCUGAGGAUGCUGAAUUUGAACAGAAGAUCAAUAGACUUAUGGCUGCAAAACAGAAACUUAGGCAGUUACAAGAUCUUGUUGCUAUGGUACAGGAUGAUGAUGCAGCAGAUCAAGGAGCUGUUUCUGCCAGUACUUCACAUUUGGAUGAUUUCUACCCAGCAGAAGAAGUCACCAAGCAAAAUGCGAAUAACAAUAGAGGAAAUGCCAAUAAAACACAGAAAGAUGCUGGAGUAAAUGAAAAGGCAAGAGAGAAAUUUUAUGAGGCUAAACUACAGCAGCAACAGAGAGAGCUCAAACAGUUGCAGGAAGAAAGAAAGAAACUGAUUAAGAUUCAAGAGAAAAUUCAAGCAUUGCAAAAGGCAUGUCCUGACCUGCAGCUGACAACCACUAGUACAGGUAAUUGUCCCACAAAAAAAUAUAUGCAAGCUGUUACUUCAACCCCAACCGUUAAUGAAAAUGAAACCAAUGCAAGCAAAUCUGUUUUUGAGCCUGACGAUUCUUCAGUAGUAAAUAAUGAGCUAUGGUCAGAAAUGCGAAGACAUGAAAUUUUAAGGGAAGAGCUGCGACAGAGAAGAAAGCAGCUUGAAGCUCUGAUGGCAGAACAUCAGAGGAGGCAAGGUAUAGCUGAAACUGUAUCUCCAGUGGCUGUUUCAUUGAGAAGCGAUGGAUCUGAAAACCUGUGCACUCCUCAACAAAGUAGAACAGACAAGACAAUGGCAACUUGGGGAGGUUCUACCCAGUGUGCACUAGAUGAAGAAGGAGAUGAAGAUGGUUACCUUUCUGAAGGAGUUGUUCGGACAGAUGAAGAGGAGGAAGAAGAAGAGCAAGAUGCCAGUUCCAAUGAAAACUUUUCUCUGUAUUCUCCUAACAGCAUGAAUCAGAACUCUUACAGUGUAAAGGAAACUAAAAAUAGAUGGAAGAAUAAUCGCCGUUUUCCAGAAGAUGGAAAUUGUCGUCCAUUAGCCAAGACAAGGCAACAGAAUAUCAGCAUGCAACGUCAGGAAAACCUUCGUUGGGUGUCAGAACUCUCAUAUGUAGAAGAGAAAGAACAAUGGCAAGAACAAAUUAAUCAGCUAAAGAAACAACUUGAUUUCAGUGUCAGUAUUUGUCAGACUUUGAUGCAAGACCAGCAGGCUCUGUCUUGUCUGCUCCAAACUCUCCUCACAGGUCCCUACAGUGUUAUGCCCAGCAAUGUUGCAUCUCCUCAAGUGCACCUUAUAAUGCACCAGUUGAACCAGUGCUACACUCAGCUAACAUGGCAACAGAAUAAUGUACAAAGAUUGAAACAAAUGCUAAAUGAACUUAUGCGCCAACAAAAUCAGCAUCCAGAAAAACCUGGAAACAAGAAAAGGGACAGUAAUGCACCACCCCCUCCAUCUCCCAGUUUAUUUUGUCCCUUCAGUUUUCCAACACAGCCUGUAAAUCUGUUUAACCUACCUGGGUUUACUAAUUUUUCAUCAUUUGCACCAGGAAUGAAUUUCAGCCCUUUAUUUUCUUCUAAUUGUGGAGAUUUUUCUCAAAAUAUUACUACACCCACUGAACAACAGCAACCAUUAGCCCAGAGUUCUUCAGGGAAAACAGAAUACAUGGCCUUUCCAAAACCUUUUGAAAGCAAUUCUUCCAUUGGAGCAGAAAAACAAAGGAAUCAAAAGCAGCCCGCAGAGGAGGUGGAAAACAGUAGGACACCAUGGUUAUAUGACCAAGAAGGUGAAGUAGAAAAACCAUCGAAGACUGGAUUUGUAGUGUCUGUAGAGAAAACUACCAAUAGUAAUCGCAAAGAUCAAUUAGAUACCAGCAUGAGAAGACGCCAGUUUGAUGAAGAGUCCUUAGAAAGCUUUAGCAGCAUGCCUGACCCAGUAGAUCCAACCACAGUAACAAAAACGUUUAAGACAAGAAAAGCAUCUGCACAGGCCAGCCUGGCAUCUAAAGACAAAACUCCCAAAUCAAAGAGUAAGAAGAGGCAUUCUGCUCAGCUGAAAAGCAGAAUUAAAAAUAGUGGGUAUGAAAGUGCCAGUAUGUCUAGCACAUGCGAACCUUGCAAAACUAGGAACAGACAUUCAGCCCAGACUGAAGAGCCUGUUCAAGCAAAAGUAUCCAGCAGAAAGAGUCAUGAGCAGCUGGAAAAAAUAAUAAAAUGUUGUAGGUCUGCAGAAAUAUCUUCAGCACAUGCUAGGAGAAUACUACAGCAGUCUAACAGAAAUGCAUGCAAUGAAGCGCCAGAAACUGGGAGUGAUUUUUCCAUGUUCGAAGCUUUGAGGGAUACUAUUUAUUCUGAAGUAGCUACAUUAAUUUCUCAAAAUGAAUCUCGUCCACAUUUUCUUAUUGAACUCUUCCAUGAGCUUCAGCUACUCAAUACAGACUACUUAAGACAGAGGGCUUUAUAUGCAUUGCAGGACAUAGUAUCCACACAUAUUUCUGAGAACCAUGAAAAAGAAGUGAAAAAUAUAAAGUCAGUGAAUUCUGGUACUUGGAUAGCAUCAAACUCAGAACUUACUCCCAGUGAAAGCCUUGUUACUACAGAUGAUGAAACUUACGAGAAGAACUUUGAGAGAGAAACACACAAAAUAAGUGAGCAAAAUGAUGCUGAUAAUGCUAGUGUCCUGUCUGUAUCUUCAAAUUUUGAGCCUUUUGCAACAGAUGAUCUGGGUAACACUGUGAUUCACUUAGAUCAAGCAUUAGCCAGAAUGAGGGAAUACGAACGGAUGAAGACUGAGGCUGAAAGUAACACAAAUGCGAGAUGUACCUGCAGGAUUAUGGAGGAUGAAAACGGUGCUGCUGCUGAGAGUGUGAAAGAAACUCCUAUUAUUGAAAAUCAUAGUUCACAACAAGCUGUAAGUGAAAUUUCUACCGUCCCGUGUCCUAGAAUUGAUACUCAGCAGCUAGACCGACAAAUCAAAGCAAUUAUGAAAGAAGUCAUUCCAUUUCUGAAGGAGCACAUGGAUGAAGUAUGCUCUUCUCAGCUUCUGACUUCAGUAAGACGCAUGGUGUUGACCCUGACUCAGGAGAAUGAUGAGAGCAAAGAGUUUGUAAAGUUCUUUCAUAAGCAGCUUGGAAGUAUAUUACAGGAUUCACUAGCAAAAUUUGCUGGCAGAAAACUGAAAGACUGUGGAGAGGAUCUUCUUGUAGAGAUAUCUGAAGUGCUGUUUAAUGAGUUGGCUUUCUUUAAACUCAUGCAAGAUUUGGAUAAUAAUAGUAUGACUGUUAAACAAAGGUGCAAAAGAAAAAUGGAAGCAGCUGGAGUGAUACAAUCUUAUGCCAAAGAGGCCAAAAGGAUUCUUGAAGGAGAUCAUGGCUCAGCUGCUGCAGAAGUUGAUGAGGAAGACAGAGACAAGGAUGAGACCGGAACUGUUAAGCAGAUUGAAACAUCUGAGGAGUAUGAUGGUGGCGCUCCCAAAAAUGUGAGAUCUGAUAUUUCUGAUCAAGAGGAAGAUGAAGAAAGUGAAGAAUGUCCAGUGUCUAUUAAUUUGUCCAAAGCCGAAACUCAAGCACUGACUAAUUAUGGAAGUGGAGAAGAUGAGAAUGAAGAUGAAGAAGUAGAAGAGUUUGAAGAGGGACCUGUAGAUGUCCAGACUUCCCUGCAGGCCAACACUGAAACUACCGAGGAAAAUGAACACGAUGAUCAGAUUCUUCAACAGAACUUUGAAAAAUCAGCAGAAAGCAAAGAUGUCCCAUCAGAACAAGAACCCACUACUGGUAAAGAUGACCAGGAUAGUGUUCCUAUGAAACCGUGUUACCUCAAUAUCUUGGAAAAUGAGCAACCUCUAAGUAGUACUGUCCAGGACUCACUCACUACCACUGACUCAUCUAAACAGCCUAGCGCUUUGCCUUUACCUUUACCUGAAAUUGAAACCUUGGUGCCUAGAGUCAAAGAAGUUAAAUCUGCUCCAGAAACUCCUGACAGUUCUCUGGCUGGAAGCCCUGAUACUGAAUCUCCAGUGUUAGUAAAUGACUAUGAAGCAGAAUCUGGUAAUAUAAGUCAAAAAUCUGAUGAAGAUGACUUUGUGAAAGUUGAAGAUUUACCACUCAAACUGACAAUAUAUUCAGAAGCAGAUCUAAGGAAGAAAAUGGUAGAAGAAGAACAGAAAAAUAAUUUAUCUGGUGAAAUAUGUCAAAUGCAGAGCGAAGAAUUAGCUGGGAAUUCUCAGACACUAAAGGAACCUGAAACAUUGGGGGCCCAGAGCACAUGA